AUGGCGCAACAACCCGACCCCAGCCACAAUGUCCCGGGGGAGUUGAUUCCACACAUCCAUCUCAUGUCCUCGUUCCGAUACCCAGCAUCGCCGCGCUUGGACAUCAACGAAGUUGCCAAGUGGCUGAUGGCCGCGCCGCAAAUCGCGCGUGACAAGGCUCCUUUCUUCUGGGGCUAUCUCGACAAGCCUGCCGACGGCACGACUCUCCUGACGUGGCAGUCCUUGCAGCGCCUCGGUACCAACUUUGCCACGGAUGGCUUCGUGUGGUCGCCUCCUGAGGAGAUCUAUAAGCAUGACCUUCGCAAUGGCGCCAUUAUGGAAAUCUACUUUUUAAAGGCUGGCUAUAUCCCCGGCGAGCAGCUGGCCGCGCACGCCCGACGACGCUUUCGCCUGGUGCCGGCGCCUGGCCACCCGAGCCCUCCUCCCGUCGACCAGAACUUGUUCAUUGUCCACUAUGGCCAGUCGGAACCCGAAAACCGCAUGCCUUUCAACGUCAUCCCCUACGAUGACCGAGUCGCUGCCAUUAUGCAGCAGCGCGCGUUCCUCCUCAGCCGCGGCAUGCUCCGACGUAAGGACUUUAUGUUGUCCGACCGCGUCAACUGGCCCACGAUGCCCGACCUCACGCGCCAGCAGAUGGGCGGUCCGCAAAACCCCCGCGGUGUGCCGCAGCAGAUGGCAUACCCGCCGCAGCCUGUCGCUGGACCUCCCGCGAAGCGAGCCCGCCACGGUCAGGGUCAGCAGGCGGCCAUGCCACAGAUGCCGACAAUUGAGGUCAUGGAUGACGACGAGGAUAUUUCCAGGGGCGACAUGUUCGAUCACUUGACACCUAGAGAGUUAUCGCUCGGACGCUACCAGCAAAACCAUGAGUGGAUGGAGGAAAUCCUCUCCUCGCCGUAUCGCAUGGGACAGAUCACCCCGGCCGACCUUGGCCUGGGCCUCAAGGGCGAGCUUGCCUCGCUGACAGAAGGCAUCUUUGCAGCCCAAGGUGGAGACGCGUUUAGCCAGAUGCCUCCAAAGACUUACGUUGGCAAGCUGGAACCUGGUCUGGCGGACGAGUUCCGCAACCGGGUCAACGAGUACAUUGCAUCGACGGAAAGCGACAUUGCCAAGAUGAAGGAGGAGCAAGCGAAAAAGCUAGCUAGUUUCAAGGAGGGCUCUUUCAUUCGUACUAAAGAGCGUGAACUCAAAUCGCUAGUUGAACAGACUGGCCCUGAAGCAUGGAGAAUCGAGGGUCGGGUGGAAACUACGGACAAUGACGACGACCAUCCGCGUGCUACUAGCAAGCACAGCCUGGAGGAAAUUGUGCGACAGGUAGAGCAAUCUCUCGGCCGCAAGAUCGAGCGCAAGCCCGCUCUCGCCCGGGUGCAGGAGGGAGGCUAUCAGAUCCCUCCUCCCGAGCCGGAGCUUGCGCCACAAGCGUUAGCUGGUGCGGGGCCUACUGGUCAGCAAAUAAAUCUCCAAGGUUCGGAAGCUGGAUCGCAGAUCAGCGCGUCGAUGAUGGACGACGAAGACAUGGAUAUGGGAGACACUGCGGCUGGUCUGCUUGACCAGAUGCAUACUGGGCUGUCGACGGCAUCUACACCUGCCAACAACUUUCCCACACCACAAGCUCAUCUGUCGGCUGGCCAGUCGACGGCUGCGACGCCAGCUAACAUCAACGCGCCUUCGCCGGCUCCUGGCCAGGCUGGGCCAGCUACUGACGGCACGGGUGCUUCCAAGGGAGGGCCGGCCAAUGCGGCGGGCGAGCAGGAGGGUGACUGGGUCGUCGUAGCCAAGGAUGGCACCUCAGACCCUAAUGUAGACGCCCCCUCGGCCGCCAAGCCAGCGACUGACGAGGCCAAGCCUUUGCACGUCACAAAAGCGUCGGCGGAAGGCACGCCGGCCGGUUCCAACAGCUUUGAUCAGAACGACUUUAGCUCGCUGGGCGACCUGGACACGGCCGGCGAUGCGCUGUCUGGAUUUGACGCGCCCGAGAUGGAUGGUGGCGCCGGUGGUUUGGACGAGGACAUGGACCUUCAUAUGGAGCUGGAAGACUCUGCGUUUGGCGAUGCUUUCCACGGGGUGGGUGCGACAGGCACGCCGGGCGAGGGACAGGACUAA